AUGUCAUCUGCAACUUCUUCAAGUGAUUCCGACGACAGUAAAAGACGACGUAGACUAGGUCCACCACCACCUCCAGCUUUUCAAGCGAACAAGAAUAAGUCAACGAGAAAGAAGAAGAAAUAUGUAGCCCCUCAAGACACGAUCGAUAAGCUAUGGUCUCGAUUCUCCGUAUCGAAAUUUAGCAAAGCUACAAAAGUUUUACCAAAUGCGGCACCAUUUGCAAGAGGCACAUCCGCGAAGACGGUUAUUGUCCCUUCACCUGGACCGCAGAAUCAACUUGUUUCCAACGACUUCGAAAGAGCGGUUCAAGAAUGCAAAGCCAAGGUCAAGAAACUUGUGAAGGAGUGUAGGAGAGUUAAUAUGCGGUAUCGCGAUCCAAGCUUCGACGUGGACUGGGACUUGAAAUGGGAGAAAGGAAAUUGUUUGAAUACACUUGGAGAAACCAGAUUUGAGGUUUGCAAACACUCUAUUGUAAACCCUACGUCCUGCGGGCCAAAGGCUGUGAAGAGAGUUCACGAAAUAUUCGAUAAACCCACAUUUUUGGAAGACAAAAUUUCUCCUUCCGAUGUUAGACAAGGCUCUCUUGCAAAUUGUUGGUUGGUGGGAAGUUUGACCGCAUUAGCAAAUAUGGAGGACGGCAUUCAGAGGAUAUGUGUGGAAUGGGACACUAAAAUUGGGAUAUAUGGCUUCGUGUUUCAUCGAGACGGUGAAUGGAUCAUAUCAAUUAUCGAUGAUAAACUCUACCUUAAAUCACCAGAUUGGGAUUCACCCUCAGUUCACAGGGAAUUACUCGAGCAGACGGAUCGUGAGGACGUCGAGAAAGAGUAUCGAAAAACAUACCAAACGGGGUCUCAAUCAUUGUUCUUCGCGCGUUGCAAAGAUCCAAAUCAAACAUGGCUUCCUCUUCUCGAAAAGGCGUAUGCUAAAGCACAUGGGGACUUUCAUUCGUUGAGCGGAGGAUGGAUGGGGGAGGGCGUUGAAGAUUUAACGGGAGGCGUAACUACGGAACUUCUCACUUCAGAUAUUCUCGAUACUGAUGAGUUUUGGCAUAAUGAGAUACUUAAGGUCAACAAAGAAUUCGUCUUUGGUUGUUCCACGGGUCAUCUCGAUGGUGGUUAUGGCAGUAGAGAUGGUAUAUCCGUAGGUCAUGCGUAUGUUAUUAUGGAGGCUAGAGAGUUGUCGACAGGCGAGCGCCUCCUCAAAUUAAGGAAUCCUUGGGGCAACAUAAAAAAGGGUAACUGGGAAGGUCCAUGGUCAGAUGGAAGUAAGGAAUUCACUCCUGAAGCUCAGAAAGAGCUCAACCAUAAAUUUGGAAACGAUAGUGUAUUCUGGAUUUCAUAUCAGGAUUUACUACGAAAAUAUCAACACUUCAAUCGCACACGGUUAUUCAUGGACAGUCCCGAUUGGCGGUUGACGCAGGAAUGGAUCAGUGUAGAUGUUCCUUGGAGGUCUGAAUUUGAACAGAAGUUUAUGAUAAUACUUAAAAAUGAAUCACCGAUAGUACUGGUUAUGAGUCAACUCGAUGAUAGGUAUUUCAUGGGUCUACAUGGUCAAUACACCUUCAGAUUACAGUUUCGGCUUCAUGAGAUUGACUCGCCUGACGAGGAAGAUUAUGUUGUACGAAGCCAUGGGAAUUAUCUCAUGAACAGAAGUGUGGUUACUGAACUGAAAAGCCUCCCAGCCGGAUCUUACUCAUUGUUCAUGAUGGUUAUAGCCGAAAGGGAUAAAGGUCGUCCGAGCGUUGAGGAUGUUGUGAGGGAUGAAUUGCGUCGCAAGGAAGAUAACGAGAAAUUGGCUCAAGUUGGGACCGCCUAUGAUUUGGCUCAUACCAAAGGAUUGUCCCACAUGCAGGCAAGAGUACAGUUCAGAAAAGUGAGAGAUAAGGCCAAAGCUCGAGAGUCAAGGAUUGCACAACGGAGAGUUCUAUGGGAGAAGAGACACAGCACUCGAGAGAUAGUGAGGAAACAAGAUAAAAAGAAUCGUGAGAAGCGUGAAGGUAAAGAAGCAAAGGAUGCUGAAGAAGCAAAGAAUAAAAAAGCACGCAAGCCAAAGGAUCAAGGUGUUCAGACGGAAGAUAUCGCAGAAGUUCAAGUUGAGAAACAAGACAAGUCAAUGCAAACCGAAGACCCUCCUCAGGAUUCGAUGAGCAUCGUGGAAGAUACACAAACCCUAAAUGAGAGGGACAAAGCAGUCCAAACGGAGGAUUUAACACCAUCUUGUAACGAAUCUCAAGCAACUCCUAUGACUCCCAAAAGCAAUGGUUCCUCUCCUCACUCGCCAUUUACGAUGAUUCCUGAAAGUCACCAUGAAUUAUCGCCCCCACCUUCAGGUUAUCAUGGCCACCGCAGAGGUUCAACCAAUUCGCCAAACUAUGGUCGUGGACCUCCUCCUCAAAGACCAGGGCCAUAUGUCACUUCUGAAGGCGAGUCAAGCGCAAGUCCCAUUUCUGAUUACGAUAUGUAUAGCGACGAUGAUCCAACUCUCAAGCCGCGAAACCCGCCCAAUGAACCAAAACCACCAAAAGAAAGGGAUGAUGAUGAAGAUGAUGAGCCAGAGCCGUGGAAUGCGGUUUGUAUUGUUGGAUUCAGGGUGUAUAGCAAGGAUGAAGGAUUGGUUCUUAAGGUUUGCGAGGAGGGUAUGGAAGAAGAAGUUAUUGCACCAAAAGAGGAAAAUGAGGCGGGAACUGAUGGUGAUGUUGAAGAUGGUGGGGAUGACGAUAAUGCUAAGAAGAAGGAAAACGACGGGGAAGAUGGAAAUUCGAAAUUUAAUGCCACUGGAAUCGACUCUAUACCUCCAGUUGUUGCAACGGAAACUAAAAACAAGGAGGAUUCGAAGACCAUUAUCUCAUCGGAUUCAUCUAAGGAGAUCACCGAAACAGUCUCGCUAGCGGACGACACUCCGAAGAAAGAAACUACAGAGGCAGAACCGCAAGUAGCCUUGAAAGAUUCCGAGACAAUCAGCGUUUCAAAACUCCCAUCCUGUCCUCAUUUCGAUAUGAGGAAAAAAUGGGUUUCUUAA